AUGGCUUCUAUCGGUGUACAAAACUCCAUUCCACCGCAACGAACAGGAACAAUGGAAAAUGGUCGCCGGUGGUCGGAUUUGGAACAAGAAGAUGAUAAUAUGCUCAUACACAUGGAAUGGGGUCGAUUACAAGAGGAAUUUUUCGAUUACCUUGAAGCUAAAACACGCACAAUCGAAACAAUAGUCGCUCAGCACCUAGAUCUAGGGCCGCAUCAACAGUGCAGGGUGGCGGAUCGAUCGCAGUGGUUGCACGGGAGCUUUAACGUAUGUGUUCCCGUCGUCGUCAGCAACUGGCAAGCGAAACGUGUCUUGAUCAGAUGCCCUUUACCUCAUCGCCUAGGAGGCCUGCAUACGACCACCCUUAUGGAGGAAAAGCUUCGCUGCGAAGCCGCCUCGUUUGCAUGGAUUUCUGAAAAUUGUCCUCGAGUUCCCAUUCCGCGCCUAUGGGGCUUUGGACUUCCCGCUGGCAUGAUGAUGGAAUUCAUUGAAAAAGAGACGGGUGAAAUGCUCUGGGAAAUGGGGUUCCCCGGUUCAGAGCAUAGGCGGACAUUCUUUCGCAGUUUUUCGAGAAUUUUACUGGACUUGUCACACCCUCUCCCCAAAAUAGGGUCGUUUACGCUUCUUGACUCUGGAGAUGUGAGCCUGAGGAAUCGACCAUUGACAAAGGGCCUAGCGGAGCUUGAGAAUGAAUCCAUUCCCACUGACAUCUCUCGAGAUUACUGCUAUACAGCCACCGAUUCCUACCUCUAUGACCUUCUACAUUGUCAUGCCCUGAAACUACGGCAUCAACCGAAUUCGACUAGAAAUGAUUACGACACCGAGGGUCAAAUGGCCACAAUUGUUAUGCUACGGGCCUUACUUCCUCAGUUCAUGAACCGACGAUUACGGCACGGACCGUUUAGUUUCACGCUGACAGAUCUUCAUGAAAGCAAUAUUUUCGUGAACAAGCAGUACCACAUUACCAGCAUCGUGGACCUUGAGUGGAGUUGCUCUUUACCGAUCGAUAUGCAACAUCUACCCUUUUGGCUGGGCGGAGAUCAAUUCGACGACUUGUACGGGGAGGGUAAUGAAGAAAAGGAAAGACAGUUUAUAAGGACGUGUGAAGAAUUUCUCCAGAUCCUUGAAGACGAGGCUGGCGCGCUAUCUUCACUCUCUCCUCGCUCCUGGAUUGAGGGAAUGAGAGAUUGUUUCUGCAUGAAGAACUACUGGUAUAUAGCCGCCUUGAAAAUACCAGGUGCGGCAUAUAACCUCUUUAUCGACUGCCUGCAACCACAAUUUGCACCAUCGCAUUCGGAAGGAGAAGGGGCGAUCAGAUUUCAGGACGUUGUAGCCCGGUACUGGAGUGUCGACAGUAAGAGAUUCGUGGAGCAAAAGUCUCGCGAUCGAGAAACAUAUCUAUGUCAAUUACGAUCUGCAUAUCAACCUGGGUGUCAUUAG